CGCGGUGUCAGGCUGGUAUCGCGGUAUUUGGGUCGUGGAAGUUUUCUGAAGCGUGUGCUUAGCUCGCUAUCUUUUUGCUGAGGAGAAGCACAGAGCAGACGUGCUCUGCGUGCUGCUGCAGAGAUUUUCUGAUCAUGGUGCUGCUGCACGUGUUGUUCGAACAUGCGGCGGGCUACGCGCUGUUCGCCGUCAAAGAGGUGGAGGAGAUCGGCAUGCUGCUUCCUCAGGUGGAGGAGAGCCUGCUGAGCAUCGGGAAGUUCAACAGCAUAGUGACUCUGGUUGCCUUCUUCCCCUUCAAGUCGGCCCAGACUGCGCUGGAGAACAUCAACGCCAUUUCUGAAGGUGUGGUUCACGCUGACCUUAAGUUGUUUCUUGAGACGAACUUGCCCCGCUCUAAGAAAAAGAAAGGAGUGUUGGGGGUGUCUGAUGCCAAAAUAGGAGCAGCUUUACAAGAAGAAUUUAGCAUUUCCAUCCAGACUAGUGGUGUGGUGGCUGAAAUAUUAAGAGGUGUACGUCUGCACUUCCACUCCCUGGUGAAGGGUCUGACUGCCCAGGCUGCCUCAAAGGCACAGCUGGGUCUUGGCCACAGCUACUCCAGAGCCAAGGUCAAGUUCAAUGUCAACAGGGUCGACAACAUGAUCAUCCAGUCCAUUGCUCUGUUGGAUCAGCUGGACAAAGACAUCAACACCUUCUCCAUGCGUGUCCGUGAGUGGUACGGCUACCACUUCCCAGAGCUGGUCAAGAUUGUGUCGGACAACUCGACAUACUGCCGCCUGGCUCAGCUCAUCGGAAACAGGAAGGAGUUGAUGGAGGAUAGUCUGGAGAAGCUGGAGGAGGUGGUGAUGGACAAUGCCAAGGCUCAAGCUAUCCUGGAGGCAUCACGUUCUUCUAUGGGUAUGGACAUUUCUCCCAUCGACCUGAUCAACAUAGAGAGGUUCUCUAAUCGCGUUGUGUCUCUGGCUGCUUAUCGUCUCGAGCUGCAGGAGUACCUCCGCUCGAAGAUGAGCCAAGUGGCUCCGAACCUGGCAGCUUUGAUCGGGGAAGUGGUGGGAGCUCGUCUGAUCUCCCAUGCCGGCAGUCUAACCAACCUGGCCAAGUACCCGGCCUCCACGGUCCAGAUCCUGGGAGCAGAGAAGGCCCUGUUCAGAGCCCUAAAGACUCGUGGCAACACCCCCAAGUACGGCCUCAUCUUCCACUCCACCUUCAUCGGACGUGCCGCUGCCAAGAACAAAGGCCGCAUCUCCCGGUAUCUGGCCAACAAGUGCACCAUCGCCUCACGUAUUGAUUGUUUCUCUGGUGCGUGAGAAGAUCUCUGUGCCAUAAAUGCUAUUGCUUUAGGUUCAUUUCUUAACUUACAACUCAUGUGGCAUAAAUGCAGUGAUGCACCACGGAAAAAUGUGGAUGUGAUGAAAGAGGCUGUGAAAGAGGCAUCUGAUGUUGUAGCCGAACUCAAGAGGAAACAGGAAAAGAAAGAAAAGAAACGCAAGAAGCGUGAAAAGAAGUUGCAAGAACUUCAAGAAAAUGGUGACGCUGAGGUGGAGAAUGGAGAAAUAGUCAAGAAGAAAAAGAAGAAAGAAGCGGUCGAGGAGACAGAGGUCCAACCAGAGGAGAGCCCCGUUGCAGAGGAUGGAGCAGGAAACACCCCGGCAAAGAAGAAGAAGAAGGUCCAACCAGAGGAGAGCCCCGUUGCCGAGGAUGGCGCAGGAAACACCUCGGCAAAGAAGAAGAAGAAACGAAAGGCAGAGGACACAGAAGAAGCGGUUGCAAUGGACAGUGGAGCAGAGGAAUUGAGUGCUUCAGCCAAGAAGAAGAAGAAACAAAAGACUGAAACUGUGGUGGCAGAAGAGGCUCCAGAAACACCUGUGGCUGAAAAGAAAAAGAAGAAGAAGAAAAAGGGAAAUGUUGACUAAAGAGUGUGGGCAGAGACUGGGCCUUGAUUUUUGUGUACAGUUUAUUUUACUUAUUUGAAGCUAGUUGAAGUAAGCAGCUUUAUGCAGACUGCUAGGAAAAGCUUAUGACUGUGCCUUUUAAUUUUCUUGUACUGCUGUAAAUACAUUGUAUGAAUUAAAUAUUUUGCCAAGUCAAAGUGGAA